UAUCAGCCCUACCUACCCACAAGCGGCACACCUUUUUUUUAUCGUGCGUAAUUGAUAACCUCUCGAAAUCACGGCCAACGACGACGACAAGACCUCGACGACGACGCAUUCACCCCCAGGACCGCCAAAAUGCCGACUCGCUUCUCAAAGACACGCAAGCACCGUGGCCAUGUCAGUGCCGGUCACGGUCGCAUAGGAAAGCACAGGAAGCACCCCGGUGGUCGUGGUAUGGCUGGUGGUCAGCACCACCACCGUACCAACAUCGACAAAUACCACCCUGGUUACUUCGGUAAGGUUGGUAUGCGACGAUUCCACCUGUUGAGAAACCACCAAUGGAACCCGACUGUCAACGUUGACAAGCUCGCUUCUCUCCUUCCCCAAGACAUCCGCGAGAAGUACGUCGCCGGCGAGGCGAAAGACACAGCCCCUGUCAUUGACCUGUUGGCCCUCGGAUACUCAAAGCUCCUCGGAAAGGGACGAUGCCCUGAGAUUCCUUUCGUUGUUCGCGCCAGAUACGUCAGCAAGGACGCCGAGCGCAAGGUCACAGAGGCUGGUGGUGUCAUCGAGUUGGUCGCAUAAAUCAAAAUAGUAAAGGGCUGACGGGCAUGGCACGCGGGGAAUGGGAACAGGGAACGAUAGCAUGAAAUGACAAAAUCCGAUGAUCUGAACCAAGUAAGACACCUCGGGCGGUCACUGGGCACCAUA